CUCGUUUCGCUUCUUUUCCAGAUAUCUUUCUUCCCUCUUCUAUCUUUCUCUGGUUUCAUCUCUGUUUCUGGGGGGCCUCUUUCACUUUUCUGCCAGAUCGUUGCGAUAUCGAAUUAAGAAUCCUCACUCGUCGCAGGGUGAGGGUUUCUAAAGCUUGAUUAAGAACAGGGGAAAACUUAACUUGCUGAUGCAGAGAGCGGGCUGUAGGUUGGGGACUUUCCUAGCUGCUGCCAUUUGAUUUUGUGGCGGAAAGGAGAUAUAAUCUACUCAUCCAUCUUCUCUGAGAUCUCCUUUUCUCCCUCUACCAUUUUCCUCUGUCUUUCAUCCUUGAAGGUGUGGUUAGCCUUGCCAUAUCCCAAUUCGAAGAUAUGCAGAAGCCUCAAGAUCAACGGUCAAGGCCUUCCAAACCCACUACUAUUCAUAGCUAUGCUCAAUCUGGGAACAUUCUUAGCCUUCAAAAGCUGCUCCAAGAGAACCCUGGUCUUCUUAAUGAUAGAAAUCCUGUUAUGGGACAGACACCCCUCCAUGUGUCUGCAGGCUAUAACAGGGCAGAGAUUGUAAAAUUUCUUCUUGUCUGGCAAGGUCCAGAAAAGGUCGAGUUCGAAGCCAAAAACAUGUAUGGAGAGACCCCAUUGCAUAUGGCAGCAAAGCAUGGGUGCAAUGAUGCAGCACGGGCGCUACUCGCUCACGGCGCUUUUGUUGAAGCCAAAGCAAAUAAUGGGAUGACACCAUUGCACCUUGCCGUCUGGUAUUCACUCCAAUCCGAAGACUGCGCCACUGUCGAGACAUUGCUUGAAUAUAACGCCGAUUGUAGUGCGAAAGAUGACGAGGGUAUGACUCCCCUAAGCCAUCUGUCACAGGGCUCGUGCAGUAAAAAGUUGAGGGAAUUGUUGAACCAGCAUUUAGAAGAGCAGAAAAAGCGAAAAGCAAUUGAAGCAUGCAGUGAAACUAAAGCAAAGAUGAUGGAACUCGACAAUGAGCUCUCGAAAAUCGUGGGUUUGCACGAGCUUAAGAUCCAACUCCAGAAAUGGGCUAAGGGAAUUCUUUUAGAUGAGAGACGCAGGGCCCUUGGCCUCAAAGUUGGCAUCAGGAAGUCACCUCAUAUGGCAUUUCUUGGCAAUCCUGGGACAGGUAAGACUAUGGUAGCUCGAAUACUCGGAAAAUUGCUUCACAUGGUUGGCAUCCUACCAACCGAUAAGGUAACAGAAGUACAGAGAACGGAUUUGGUUGGCGAAUUCGUUGGUCACACCGGUCCGAAAACCAGGAAGAAGAUCAAAGAAGCAGAGGGCGGAAUACUUUUCGUCGAUGAAGCCUACCGACUGAUACCAAUGCAGAAAUCCGACGAUAAGGAUUACGGUUUGGAAGCUCUGGAAGAGAUCAUGUCUGUCAUGGACAGUGGGAAAAUCGUAGUCAUAUUCGCUGGUUACUGCGAACCAAUGCAGCGCGUAAUAUCUUCAAACGAAGGAUUUCAUCGACGAGUAACCAAAUUUUUCUACUUCAAUGACUUCAAUUCAGAAGAAUUAGCAAAGAUCCUCCAUAUCAAGAUGGAUAACCAAACAGAGGAUAGCUUGUUAUAUGGCUUUAAGUUGCAUCCUACGUGCACCGUAGAAGCCAUUUCAGAGCUGAUCGAGAGAGAAACGCAAGAAAAGCAGCGUAAGGAGAUGAACGGUGGUUUGAUCGAUCCAAUGCUCGUUAACGCCAAAGAGAAUUUGGAUGGCAGGCUGAGUUUUGAGUGUAUAGAUACGGAAGAACUGUGUAGUAUUACAAUGAAUGAUUUAGAAGCAGGCCUUCGUUUGCUAACAAAGUAAGAUGAGUUGGUUCAUGCACAAACCAUCAAAUGUUCUUUGGAGCUGUUGGCACCAUCUCUGAUAUCAGUACUGCAGCAAGCUGGAAGGACAUGCUUGUGGAGAUUUUAGGUGAUUUGAGAAUGUUCUUUAGGAUUUCUAAAGAAAAAUUAAUUUUAUGAUAUAUGUAACGAACUCUAUGUUAUAAAUUUAAAUGAAACUCGGAAAA